AUGUGUACAGUUGCAGGUGACCGAGGUCAGGGCCCGAGCUCAUCUAGCGUUGUUGUAGUCAGAGAGGAUGCAGAUGAGUAUGACCCAGGCCGUCCUAAUGAUUUUGAGGAAGUGCGGAGGUCCCGCGAGGUACAGCGCAAGGAAGCAGAGCUUGAAGUGGGGAGGCAGGAGCGUCUGAGAUUGGAGGCUCUUCAACAACAGGUGGGCAGAGAUCUUAUAAAUCUGAACAUAAGUGGAGAAGAAGCCUUCCUCCAGAGGGCACGGAUUAGCAACAGGGGAGGCACAUCAGGGGUCACAGGCAGAGAUUCUAAGGAUUCCAAAGGUCUUAGCUUUGCUGAGCGGAUGAUGGAAAAAAUGGGUUGGAAGGAGGGUCAGGGUCUGGGGAAAUCCAAGCAGGGCAUUGUCACGCCUCUCAUUGCGCAGAAGACAGAUUCACGCAGCGGUGUCAUUGUAAAUGCCUCGAGCAGUGCAGCUCAUCAAGACAAGCGGCCUCGCGUCGGAACCUCCUUCCAAGGUCCACCCAGCCGUGUGGUCCUAUUGCGCAACAUGGUGGGACCCGGGGAGGUGGACGAAGAGCUGGAGGAUGAAAUUGGGCUGGAGUGCUCCAAGUUUGGAAAUGUGCAGAGUGUCAUGAUUUUUGAGGUGACCGAGCCCGGAUUUCCUGCAGAACAGUCUGUGCGGAUAUUUGUGGAGUUUGACAGGGAAGAAGGGGCCACCAAGGCAGUGGUGGACCUGGGGGGCCGAUUCUUUGGUGGCCGCACGGUCCAGGCAACCUUCUUUGAUCUCAGCAGGUGGGGCCGCAAAGACUUGGCGCCAAAUGCCGAGGAGUUGUCAACUUUCAGAUGA